AAUUUGGAUGCGAUUGCUCAGAUUCGAUCAUAUUAUAUUGCUAACAGUAAAUUUAAAUUGCCACACUAUAGUAUAGACAAACCUAUUGAUGAUAUUAAAAGGACAUUAUAUAAUGCAGAUCUUUAUGAAGAAACUAAUAAUAUUGUCUUUGAGCAAGCUUUAAUGACUAUUAAUAUUAACCAGUCUAAUACUGAUGACGAUGAUGAUAAUGUUUCAGAAGAGUUUUUUGAAUUAGACAAUACUUUAGAUUUGUCGAAUUCAUCAUUUCGAACAAAAACAAGCAAUCAAUCAGAAGCAGAUAUUGUAGAUGAUAAUGAUGCAGGACCAAGCAACUGGUUAGAAGAAUUUAAUCAAGAAGAAGAUUAUGAUCCAGCUAAAUUAGCAUAA